GCUUACAACAGCAUGCAGGAUAUACUUACGCAUUUACUGACACGACGGCUUCAACAGUCAUCGUUGUCAUCCGUAAACCCGGAAAAAGUCCAAGACCUGGAAAACCACAGAAAAUGACCACUUUGACGACGAUCUCCAUCGAUGAGCUACCUUAUACUUCAACCAUCGUGGAACUGAUAUAGUGGCCAUCAUUGUUGGAACACAAUUUGCGGUAAAAACUGUAAGUCAUAGUCUUCACGGAUCAUGCUGUCCGUGCGAGGAACCAGGACGUUAAAGAAUACCAAGCUUUCUAGGGGAUGGCCACGGAAUGGGGCUUUCAUUCUGUUGACUACAACUGUCACGACAAGCAUUCAAGCAAUCGCAUCAGGUUACACCUCCACCGGAGAACCGAGUCCAACAACCGAUCGGGCAACACUGACAAAAACGAUUACUCUUGGUGUUCUAAGCACCACCAAUACACAACCUUUCACCAGCUUGCGCUCGGCUACCCCUGGCUGUUCAACCGAUGUUAGGUCUACGCCUCCAUGCCAGACCGAGCCCCCCAAAUGGCCCAAAAGGAUCCAUGGGUACCGUGCGGUGUUCUGAACCACAAGGGUAACGCCUUUCGUCUGCGGAACAAACGUCAUAUACGGUACCCAGUAUUUCGGAAAUCUUUUGAGUGCAACAUGUUCCUCUCGGUAAGCUGGAAAGGCUUGUGUCUCCUGACGGUAUUUGAAUUGCUUACUAAGUCAUACGGGAUCAACCGAUACAAUACCGUUGCUCUACCUGGAUCGAUCCAAGGCUGCCCUGGUAUACUUAUGACCUGUCAUCCUCAAUUCAGUUGUCGUAUUCCAAGGAGGCUGCAACGUUGCUGGAUACGUCAUGGAUAAAGAUCGCGACAUGGACGCUCGGUCGCUCCAGGUUUCGUUAGCGACCUAGUAGGCAGUGCAACCAUGAGCAAUUGCACAUGGACAGAUUCGGGAGUGAGUUGGCUUGUCACACA